UUUUUUUUUUUUUUAUAACAAAAUGACCGUUACUAGUCCCCAUUCUGAAACCGCCAGAAAGGCUAUGGCUCUCUUGAAAGAAUAUGCUGAUAACUUGGAUGGUUGGCAUUUAUCUCAAGAAAAGGAUUGCGUCAAGUUAUACAACAAGACAGUCGACACAAGUCCUGUGGCCAUUGUUCGUGGUGAGACUGUGCUUGAGGGUCAUACCUAUACACCUCAGCAAGUAGCUACUGUAGCUACUUUACCAGGCUGUAGAAAGAUCUGGGAUGAGAAAUACGAUACAUCUGAAAUCAAAGCCAUGUAUGGCCGAUACGAAGCUUUGUUUUGGGUCAAGCUCAAGGCACCUUGGCCUGUCAGUCCUCGUGACAUGGCUGCUACUUCUUACCGUGAAAUCUCUGAAGAUGAAUGCUAUAUUGUCAUGACUUCAGUCCAAGAUGUUUUGAUUCCUCCUGUGUCUGGCUGUGUUCGUGCUAAUUUGAUGAUUUCCGGCUGGAAGAUUGUCAAGACAGAAGUUGGUGUUGCUAUUACCUAUAUCACGCAAGUUGAUUUAGCUGGUUCUAUUCCUUCUUCUUUUCUUAAGAGCAUCCAACAACAGGUGCCUCUCUGUGCUGGUUCGGUCGUCAAGUAUAUUCAGGAACAUGGCUAUGCACCUACAUCUGUGGAGUGUUCUGCUGAGUUUAAAUCCGAAAGUUUUGAACAUGCAAAGAAAGAAUAUGCGGCUAGUUUGGAUGGUGUAGGUAACUGCAGCUGGUUGAUCUCUAGAAAGAUGUACCCUUCUGGAUUCAAGGUGUCUCUUACCGGAACUGCUUCUGAACAAACAGAGGAUGCUUCUAGUGGUGAUAAACUACUUGUUAUCUCUGGUAUUCAAGGACCUGUUACUGUCAAAAUCAACAAGGCUUAAUAAAUUCAAAUGCAGAAAGCAUGUUUUUUUCGAAAAUAUGGGUAAUCUUUAGUGGCGAUCAAAGAAUAUAGGCUGAUCUUGAAAUGAAUAUAGUUCUGCCGGGCCAUAUUUUUUUAAUUGAUAUCAUGAUAUAAUUAGCGUCUUUUUUCAUAACAAGGAUUAUUUCUCACACAAUGUUGUUUUCAGUCAAUAUUCAGCUUUUUACAGCAACAAGUUACCCUGAGGGAGGAUAUAUAUAAUAAAAAACCCGGCACUUCCACGUGCUGCUUUUUCUUUCAAUGUGACACUCGCAAGGAUUAAGAGACCGAAUUUCGAAAAAAAACCUUGAUCCCAAUAUAAAGUGUACAAGAUACGUGAGUGAAUAGAAAUCCUUGGCAGAAUCAAAGACUAAAAAUAAAUUGUGUUUAAUUUUCUUUGAUUUCC